GACAAAAAAUAUGGAACGAUUAUUGGAAUUGAUUUGGGAACAACUUAUUCUUGUGUUGGUGUUUAUAAAAAUGGACGUGCCGAAAUUAUUGCUAAUGAUCAAGGAUUCUUCCCUGAAACAGGCAAAUGUUGUUGUUUCUUCCCCUGAAAGAAGAAUGAGCCAGAAAGUGCUGACUCAUCUGAUCUUAUCAAUAAAAGGAUUCCUAUAGCUGCCAAAGAAAGACAAGCCAACUCAAUUGAAAUAAUUCGUGAAUUAUGCAAAAACUCCGUAGUACGUGAAUAUUUUAUUGAUUUAAUGAGACAACGUGACAUCAAUGGGCAUAGUCCAUUUGCGACCGCGAUAUAUCAGCGCGCAUAUUCAGCUGCCCAAUUGAUGUGGCAAACUGCAAUUGAUGUUAAGGACUGGAGUCAAGAUGUUGUUGAUAUAUUAAUGCCAAGCGUUGGAUCUGACGAUACAAAUGACGAUUCUUCACUUUUUAUUCUUUGUGCUAAUGAUACAUGCAGUUACACUUGGACAGGCGAAGAGCAUACACCUCAAAAAAUUUAUGAAUGCAAAACAUGUGGACUUGUAGGGACUCUUUGCUGUUGUACUGAAUGCGGUAAUAUUUACUCUUUUUAUUUUUAA